ACACACACACACACACACUUUCCCCCCUCCCGUUGCAGUCUCUGGACCACUUCAGGGGACACUGGGUGGGCUCCACAUCCCUUUCCCUCCAGGCUGAUGCUGAAGACCCUCCUUUUCACGUCCUCCCCAGCUUCUCUGCACUGGCAACGUUACAUUUGCAGUCUGGGCUUUGCCGCCUACGAGUCUGAGCUGCUUUUCUCGUAGUCCUUUUCCUAAAUCAACUCUCAAAACAGUUCCCUCCUCACUCCGGUUUCUUUCCUUCAAUCCGCAACGCUGAAUGCAGGAAGCCGCCGGUCACUCACUGGAAAAAAAAGCGCACAACCACAAAGUCGCGGAAACACGGCCAAAAAAAAAAAGAAGUUAUUGUUUCCUGAACGCUCCCGAGAACGACUGUGGGAAGGAAAACUACAGCUCCCAGCAGGCAGCCGGGAGCCAGGGAAGGGCAGAGUUCACCGUCACGUUUCCAGGAGGAUUCAGGGUGUGCGCUGGUGUCCUGCCACCAAAGGGCCUCUGGGACGGAGGGCAAGGGGAAAGGCCAGCUCUGGCCUCCUCUUGCCACCCCUUUGCUCCUGAUCGCCGCCCUGACCGGCUCCGAACCUGCCUGGGUUCGUGGGCGUGUAGUUGGAAUUGCCCGGACCCGGACGGGAUGGUGCCUGUGAGUGGGGCAGGACUUGGUCACCUUCUCGAACAGCAGGGAGAUACAGCUCCGUAUGAACAUCGGAGAAAGUGAAACCAACCAGUGCAGAAGCCAGAACUCCAGGGGAAAAGGAAAAUGGAAGAGAAUCCAAGCGUGGAUCUGCCUGCAGCUGGACCAGUCCAGGGUGUGGUGGGGAGCACAGCAGAGCAUCCCGUGUACCAAGAGCCCAGCCAGGAAGCCCCUGGGCACCAAGAGGCCAGCCAAGAAGCACCUGGGUGCCAAGUGACAAGCAGGUGGCCUGAGACAUCCUGCAAACCAGAGGAGGACUCUUCAGUGUAUGAAUCAGCUGCUAAUGGGGGAGAGACGACACUGUUGGGUUCAGCUGGUCCCACACUAGAGGAGAUAGGUGCCCAGGAAACUGCAGUAUUGCUGGAAGAGUCUGACAAGACAAGAGAAGGCGUCUCAGAAAGACCCCUGGAAAAAGAGGACUUGGAUGAAGCUGAGCUGGGCCAUGAGAAUGUGGAAAGCAAAGGAGACAGCCCUGUCCACCAGGAGACAACUGGGCAGUGUGAAAGCCACUGCAAGGCAGAGGAAGAUGCCUCAUCAACAAGCAAGGCACAGAGCUCUGACAGUGAAAUGACACAUUUGGAUGUGACUGGUAUGGAAGAUGUCCUCAUGGCAGAGAAGAGCAGCAGUGCCACUCUCCCAGGCUGGGAGCCAGAGGUACCCAGAGAGCAAGAAACACAAGAGAGUGGGUCCCAAGGCACGUUAAGGAAAAGACCAAAAGGGGACACAGCCCCAAACCCAGAGACUCAGCCCUCCCUGCAGAACAUCACCACCCAAAACACAGAGCAGGAGAAGGCCAAAAAAUCCCUCCUGUGGAAAGGUGAGGAAAAGAAGCUUCCUUUGCAUGUUUCUCAUCGACCAGAAGGCACUGAUCCUCCAGGAGCAAGGCUUUUCAUCGCGGGCCUCGCAGUGCUCGGCCUCUGCAUAUUCUGCUUCGGCAGCCCGACCUCCAGCUCCCAGCAGCCGCGCAAGAACCCCACGGUGGAGGCAUUCCUGUCCCAAUUUGACCAGCUGCAGCACAGGUUUCCUGGCCAGAGCCCCCACCUGUGGCUUCGCGGGCGCAAGUUCCUGCGGAAGCACCUGAACGUGUCCCAGCACACGCAGCCGGCCAUCAUCAUCCUCACAGCUGCCCGCAGCGGCGAGUGGACCCUGCGGUGCCUGAGCACCCGCGUGGCUGACUCCUACUCGGCCGCCCUGCACGGCAGCACGGUGCAGAUCGAUGGCAGGGAUAAAGCCAGGCUCCACAGCGACCGCGCCAAGCUGGAGGUGGACUCGGAGCUGAGCUCGGCCUUCCAGGCCGGGGGCCGAGCCGCGGUGAUUCACCGCUUCGAGCUGCUGCCCGCGGGGGCCACCCUCAUCUUCUACAAGUACUGCGACCACGAGAGCGCCGCCUUCAAAGACGUGGCCCUGCUGCUGACGGUGCUGCUGGAGGAGGACACGCUGGAGAGCCACAUCAGCCUCCAGCAGGUGGAGGAGAGGGUCCGUGACUUCCUGUGGGCCAAGUUCACCAGCACCAGGACCCCCAGCUCCUACGACCACAUGGACUCUGACAAGCUGAGUGGGCUGUGGAGCCGCAUCUCCCACCUGGUCCUACCCAUACACCCGGUGCAGACCAUCGAGGAGGGGGGCUGCUAUGCCAAACCCUAGGGACAAAAGUGGCCAGAGCCCUGAGGAGGGCUGGAAAGAUGGUCCUGACUGGCUCUGGUACUGGCAGGGGCACAACUGGUGAUACUUCUCUUCAGUUUGUUUCUUAGAGGUUCCUGGGAAGAGUUUGACGGGUACAAGUUGAUCCAGGAAUUUUGGGCAGCUGACUCCUGGAGGUGAUAAAAGUGCUGCCUUCUGGCAGAUGUGAACAGGGGGUAUUUUAGAGUUCCACAGGAGAACAUCAGUGUGUCGGGAGGCGUGAGAGAAAACAGGACCUUGCAGGUAGUGUUUCUAUCAAGAAAUAGACAAAUAAUGUUCACAAUUAGUAUGACAGAAAGAUGCUGUGAUCCAGCAGCUGUUUCACCUCUCCCUGCCCCUCAGCUUGCUAAAGUUGAGUACAUCAGUCUCACAAUAUACUUUAUCCAGGGAGCUGCUAGAACACAGAAAGGUCAAAUUCCUCAAAACCCAACAUUUUGAAGGCAUGCUUCAAAAAGGAAAGCCAGUUUGCCUAUCAAGGGUGUGACCAGCCCCAGCGGAGUCCCACUUGCACAGCCUGAUUGACACCAGGCAAAGGCCAGAUCCUCAAACAAACCUGCAAUUCAGAGAUCCCCCAGACAUCAAUUACAUGAAAUUUUGGGCUGUCAGCAUUUGAACACUAGGAUAAUGGCAGGGAUCCCAUGAGGGGAUCCCACAUGCCACAGAACAAGCUCCAGAAACAGAGCAAUGAAACAGUUGCUGUCAUCCUGAUAGUGUGAAGCCUCAAGGGAUUACACAGGUAACAAAAAUGAAUAAUACAAUGUAACUUAAUGCUACCUCUCUCUAAAACAAGCCCACUCAAUCCCUUUGCCACACAAAGGCUGUCACUCUCUCCUCAGGCCGAUGCUUUGGUCCCAUACAACAGAUUGUUCUUCACCUGGGUCUCUGAUCUGUGUGCAGGGCUGGAAGACUGUCUGCCAGCCUCCCCCAGGGGACUUCUAUUGAUGAAUGUAGAUGUUAACAUCAAUAUUUCAAACCAUGUAGGGUAGUACACCAUGUCCUUGCCCUCCAAGGGUACUUUUACCUCCCUGCCAGGCUGAUGGAGCUCUGGCAUCUGCCAGAGAGAGUAGGAGCACAUCUGGGUUAGCUGGUAAAGACAAAAUCUCUGCCAUUAACACUAAAAAUACUUGACAAAGCAGGUUAGUUUCUUUCCAUGCCUCCUCUUCUGCAUCCUAGGAAGAGAAAUCCAAGUGCUGGAAACACUGUGGUUCCCCAGCACACUGUGAUUUUGCAGGUGCUGUGGGGCAGAGCAGCCAGCUCAGGAACACCUGGAGGGCAGGUGCAGGUUACAGCAUUUGUUAUAACCCAAGGGGCAGCCCCAGGUGCCAGCCCUGUGUGCCCCUCCAGAAGGAGCAACUGUAGCAGAUCAUGGCUCAUUUCCCCAGCAGCAACACACACAGAGAGGCCUUGCAGAGCCAGGUUUUGUAUCCAAACAAGAGCAAAUCCACACCCACCACGAUGAUUUUCAGCAGCUGCACAUCAGGGUGCUCCUUACAGCAACAGGACCCUGGUGUUGGAUGGGUCUCCUGCCAACAGUGCCUUGCUGAUCUGCCCCACCAAGGGCUCAGGGAGGCUGAGCCCUGCACCCUAAAAACCACAGCCUGACUCUUCUUUCCCCCUGCCUUGUGCCUUGACCUGUCUCAGGAGAUUAGUGGCCCUUAACUUGGAGGAGGGGACAAAAUGAAGGAAGAGGGAGGGUUGUUUGUUCAUGU